AUGGUGAAAUUGGUUCGUGAAAGGAUCGACAAUCAAUGGCAAGAUCAUAGAGUGGCACAAGAGCGAGUUUGGUUGCACGACAAUUCGAGCAUUCAACCAUUGUCUAGCCCGUCAUCUGAGAAUUUUCUGUGGCAUGAAGUGAGUUGUCGUCCAGCAUCGAAAACGGUUAGACGUCUUCUGCCUGUAACCGACUCGGAUAAGCACCCUGGGUCAUCGGUCAAAGAAGUGGUUGACUUUGCUCGAAUUUAUCGGUUCUUACAUUCGUGCGUUACGAAUGGUUCUUCAACCGGAGAACUAAAAUCACUUGGUUUGUUCGGUGUUUGA